AUGGAAGGAACAAAUGCCAGUCACAGGAGACCUUAUCAGCCUUUGGAACAAGAGCUUGUAGACUGUGAUAAAACCAAUUAUGGAUGUGAAGGGGGCUACAUGGAUUAUGCUUUUGAGUGGAUCAUUAACAAUGGAAGGAUUGAUACAGAAUCAGAUUAUCCUUACACAGGAGUUGAUGGAACCUGUAACACUACUAAGGAGGAAAGAAAAAUAGUAACUAUAGAUGGCUAUGAAGAUGUAGCUGAAGAAGAAAGUGCUCUUCUCUGUGCUGUUGUUAACCAGCCUGUUAGUGUGGGGAUUGAUGGUUCUGCACUGGACUUUCAAUUGUAUACAGGGGUAAGUUAA